UGGAUGUAAAGGGAGAGAUCCUGGACCUGAAGAACACCAUCAACACUAUGGUGGAUCAAUUGCAAACAUUUGCUGUAGAAGUUACCCGUGUAUCCUUGGAGGUGGGAACGGAAGGGAAAUUAGGUGGCCAGGCCGUAGUGAAAGAUGUUGGUGGUACUUGGAAGGAGUUGACAGAUAAUGUUAACAUAAUGGCUGCAAAUCUCACCUCCCAG